UUGUCUGGCUAUGCUACCUUAUUUUAACCACCUAUAACAAUCUAUAUCUGCCAGUUCUAACCUGCAGGCCUGCUAGUAAACAUAACAAUUCAAGACUUGUGUCGUCAAGGGCAAUAUACUAAUUAAUCUUAGCGUUAUUAGGCGUACAUAGUUAGAAUUACAAUGGAUGUAUUUUUAAUGAUCAGGCGAAAAAAUAUGACGAUAUUUACCGAUGCAAAGGACGACACCACGGUUCUCGAACUGAAGAAAAUGAUUGAAGGUAUACUCAAAGUACCUCCUGUAAAUCAACAACUAUUUAACAAGGACAACGUUGUAAUGAGUGACAGCAAAUUUUUAUCUGAUUAUGGACUAACGUCAUUAACGGCAAAGGCACAGUGUCCUGCGUUAGUGGGCUUAGCUCUGCGUCAAGAUAAUGGCCAGUUUGAACCUCUUGAAAUGACGCCAUUCUCAUUACCACCGGAUCUUCCCGAUGUGAUGAAAUCACAAGAAGCUAACGGCCAAGAGCAGUCACCUUGAAAUGACAUGAAUGAUAUCGCAUCAGUCGACGACAAAGUGUUGUGUUCCAUGCAAUCUAGUAAUUUGUCAAAGCAGCUCAGAAUGGUAAAACAAAAAAAAAAUGAGGAAAUCUACACAGGUAUCAUGUGAACAUUAGAUACUUACUACUUCAUACGCAGAUACUGAGUCUCAAAACUUUUCCAACACCUUUAUCGAAGAUAUGUAGUCAUGUGAUCUUCAGUUUUAUAAAAGUGAGUGGGCAAGUACCAAUUUGUACUUGAAUAUUAUUAGACUGAAGGUGAUAAUAAAACUAAAAUCAUAUGCUUAUGAAAUCAUGUAUUAAACCAAAUUAUAUUAUAGCAAUGAAUAUAUAUAAGUGUUUUGUUAUGGUCAGGAUGAUAAUAAAUACCUCAGAUUAUAUUUAA